AUGGAGGUUUGUUGUCGUGGUUGCAUGCCAUGCUGUAGUCGACUAUGGAACUGGAUAUGGCCCGAAUUCCAUUACCCAAAUAUGACCCGACCAGCCGAAAUCCCCACUAUUUCAGGUGAUAUCCGUUCCCCGUCCCCCAAGCAGAAACCGACUCAGCUCUAUGCGGCUCUGUUUGAUUUCGAAGCCAGGAGCGAGGAGGAGCUGACUAUCAAGGAAGGGGACAAGCUGUCAGUAAUAGAAAAGAGGGGGGAUUAUGUGCUUGCCAAAAAACUUACCGGUUCGAUGGAGUCCGGACUGGUCCCGGCUACAUAUGUGGCCAUUCUACAGGACGAGUUCGCUAAUCACAAGUGGUAUUAUGGGAACAUCAACCGGCUGAAGGCUGAGAAACUGCUCCAAGCCUCUCAGAAUAAGGAUGGCUCGUUCCUGGUACGCAUUAGCGAGAGCCACAGUGAUGAAUACACCAUCUCAGCCAGAAACGAUGGGAAAGUGUUCCAUUUCCGGAUCCAGCGUUCAUUGAUCGGGGCGUACUUUGUGUCAGACAAGAUUUCCUUCGCCACUCUGGGGGAGCUGAUCCGCUACUACCAGAACAACUCCAGGAGUCUAGGAGUGCCUCUGGAUGAGCCAUGUGCACAGCAGAGGGAGCUGUUUGACAUGGAGCCCUGGGAGCAUCCUCGGGAGGAGUUUAAACUGCAAAGGAAGCUGGGGGAGGGCCACUUUGGAGAGGUGUGGGAGGCCCUGUGGAUCAACCAGAAAAAGAAGGUGGCCAUCAAGAUGCUCAAACAAGAGGACACUAAGCAGGAUGAGUUUGUGAAGGAGGUGCAGGCACUUAAGAACCUCCACCACCCCAAGCUGAUCCAGCUGCUGGCCCUGUGUUCCAGGGGAGAGCCCGUGUACAUCGUCACUGAGCUCAUGACCAAGGGCAACCUAAAGUCCUACCUGGACACGACGGAGGGUCAUGUGCUGUCCUCUGCCCACCUCAUCUACAUGGGCAGCCAGGUGGGCGAGGGCAUGGCCUACCUGGAGGACCGACACAUCGUGCAUAGGGACCUGGCGGCCAGGAACAUCCUGGUGGGAGAUGACCUGGUCUGUAAGGUGGCUGACUUUGGACUGGCACGGAUCAUUAAGGACAGUGUGUACACAGCCAGCAGAAGCACUAAGAUCCCAGUGAGAUGGACGGCCCCUGAGGCUGCUCUCUACCAGCGUUUCUCUGUCAAGUCUGACGUCUGGUCCUUCGGUGUGCUGCUCUAUGAGAUGAUGUCACGAGGAAAGAUGCCAUACGAUGGAAAGAGCAAUAAGGAGGUGCUGGAGCUCCUGUCGACAGGCUACAGGUUGUCCUGUCCAAGUAGGUGUCCCCCCAACAUCUAUCGCAUUAUGUUGGAGUGCUGGAACCCAGAGGCCUCUAAGCGGCCCUCCUUCCAUGCCCUGCACAGCCAGCUAGACAUAAUCUACGCCCGCAUCUACUUCAAGACCAUGGAGGUCUAG